AUGGCGGACUUUAAUUUGAUCGACGCGUCUUUCCAGAGAACUAUCAAGCAUCGAAGUGAAGAUGCGCAGACCGCCUGUCAAUGGUUGGAUACUUUAGCCGGGCUUACCAGACAUGUCGACGGCGCGAAGGGGCCACUGGGCCACCUGCGUUGCUACUUGCAACGUUUGGGAGACGACCGGCUCAUCCAGGAACACUGGGAAUAUGCGAGAGAGCUUGCUGGUGCUCCCGAGGCGAUUGAAGACAACGAAGAGAAUGCGAAGAGCGCCAUUACCGAGGGCAAUACCAGCAAACCAGAACAGAAAGGGAUGAAGACUACUUCCCAAGGCCGAAAGCGGAAGAAUGAAGACGAGCUCGAAAGCAUCGCUGAGAAGAAGGAUGAGUUCAGGGAUGUGUAUCAAGAUGAUGGAACAUUAAAAAAGCCGAACCUUAUUUACAUAGCUCGGACGAACGCAAACGGAAUCCGAUUCUAUGUAAAAGUUAAUGGAUCCAUCAGAUGCAUGAAGUAUAAAAACCUGAAAAAAGACGGUUCUUUCCUUGUGUAUUGCUGCGAGCCUUCCUGCAAAACGGUUCAUUCUCUAAAAGUACGAGAUUCUGACAUGGGACUCUAUCAUGGAGGCGGAGCAAGAAUAUGGAAGCUAGCACAUAAGCACCCUGAAAUUCACAAUCCGGCCUUUUAUGAAGUGCUCGAGUGGAAUACCACUAGCCACGUUUGCAAGGAACUUGGCAAUGAGCUCGAUGUCUUGAAACAACAACCUAGUACUUCCACCAACGUUAUCAAAGAAAUAACGAACAAUAAGCACGCUAGAGAAGAUACAGAAAAAGAGGCGGAGACCGAAGAGAACCUUGACAAAUCGACGGAAUUACCAGCUAAGCGGGCGAGAACCAGUGAACAUUCAGAAACUCUUCCCUUACCCGAUACUAGCACAGAAAACUCCUCAAGGAGAUUGCUACGAAAAAGCUCUGGAAGCAUUCCUAGCGUGGAGAGCCGCCUAGCAAAAGUCGACAACAAUGUUCCUAAUCUUAACGAAAGCAGAUGUCUCUUAACUGGAGAAUGUGCCUCGUGCCGAGCCGUUUUUGAAAGCUGGGAGGAACUGAUUGUUCACAUCGAGGACGACCAACAUUGCAAAAGAUACUACGUUGACGAAAACAAGAAUUUCUGUUUCAUUUGUGACCGGCCAUUCAAAGUUCUUAGAACUCACUGCCACGAUGUGCUGAAAGGACAGUGCUAUAGCACAGCUAUUAACACUGCUAAAGGAAAAGUCAGCUACGCAGGAACUACUCAGGAAGCGCACGCAGCUUACUCGAGAAUCGCAUUCAAAAAUUUUCAUUCUAAGUGGGACACGGUUCCAGAAUCCAAGAAUAAUAUGGUCGACGAGCUUCCGAAUUCAGGUGUUGAUCAACUUGCUAAUGAUGGGGAAAUGGUGCAAUCGCAAAUUACAGAAACAGAAACUGAAAAUGAAAACGACUCUAUGGCAAAUCAAGAAAAUAUGGAUGAAGACCCCGAGGUCGAAAACAUUGAUGAUCGAUCCCCAUCUGUUACGGCAAUGGAAGAUUCCUUCGAUAAACCCCCACUUGAUCCACCAGGUCUUGAAGAUGUUCCAAUUCUUUUUAACAACGAAAACAGCCUUUUUAUAAAGACAGAAAUCCCAGAUCUCCCGAUAUCUUUUGCUACCUGA